UCCGCCCGGGACACUGGGCCCGCAACCCUGCGGGGGGCGGGGCACGACUCCGAGCGCCCUGGGCUGCGGCCGGACGCUGCUGGGCCCGAUCCUGCGAGAGGGGGCUGACGCCGCUGGGCCCGAUCCUGCACCGCCCCAUUUGUGCGCCCCGGCGGCUCCGAGCCUGGGCGGCUGCCCCGCUCGCCCCGCCCUAGUCGCGGCGCUGUACACGGUACCCAGCGAUCACUUGCUUCCUGCCCCAGCGAGUUCAGAGCCCGAGGCCCGAGCCAGCCUUACCUGCCCUCGCUGUAAGUGCCGUGGCCGUCGGACGCUGCUCGGUGUGUGUGAGCGUGAGCCGGGCCCCAUUCAAGGAAGAUGAGCAAAUCCAUAACUCCUUCAACAUACGUGCGCUGCAUUGGCUAUAAACUCAUGAUGCAACUGGCUGAUUUCAUUGAUCCACAAGAAGGAUGGAAGAAGCUAGCAGUAGAUAUAAAAGACCCAUCUGGCGAAAAGAGAUACAACCAAAUGCAUAUAAGGAGGUUUGAAGGGCUAAUAAAGAUGGGAAAGAGCCCUACCUGUGAAUUACUCUAUGACUGGGGAACAGCAAACUGUACAGUUGGUGAACUUGUGGAGCUAUUGAUCAGGAAUCAUUUCCUAGCACCAGCUAGUCUUUUGCUUCCAGAUGCUGUUAGGGUGCCAGACGAUAUUACGGUACCUUUUUCUUCACAAGAAACUAUGCCUAUAGAUAAAACUAUGCCUGUACAGGAAAAAACAGUAAUAUCUGCAACACCUCUUCUAGCACAGAGUAGUGAGGGACAACUUUCAGCUCCUUCCUGCUUAUCUCAAGAGAACAACAGUCUGCAACUUAGUGACACAGGUUUUCACAGCUUUUGGUUCCAUGAGUUGAAAAAUGUUACAAACAACUUCGAUGAACGGCCUAUAUCAGCUGGAGGUAAUAAACUGGGAGAAGGCGGCUUUGGAGUUGUGUACAAGGGCUACGUCAAUGGCAGAAUUGUGGCAGUGAAAAAACUUGCUGCAAUGGUUGAUGUAAGCAUUCAAGAUCUGAAACAGCAGUUUGAUCAAGAAAUAAAAACAAUGGCAAAGUGUCAACAUGAGAAUCUAGUAGAACUGCUUGGUUUCUCAGGUGAUGGUGAUCAACCCUGUCUGGUUUAUGAAUACAUGCCCAAUGGUUCAUUGCUUGACAGACUGGCUUGUCUGGAUGACACUGCACCAGUUCCUUGGAGUACAAGGUGUAACAUUGCUCAAGGUACAGCAAAUGGCAUCAGCUUUUUACAUGAAAACAAUCAUAUUCACAGAGAUGUUAAAAGUGCAAAUAUCUUACUAAAUGAAUCAUUUGUGCCAAAAAUUUCUGACUUUGGACUUGCAAGGGCAUCUGUGAAAUUCACAAAAACCAUCAUGACUGAUAGAAUUGUGGGAACAGCGGCCUAUAUGGCACCUGAAGCGCUGCGUGGAGAGAUAACACCCAAAUCUGAUAUUUUCAGUUUUGGUGUGGUUUUACUGGAAAUAAUAACCGGGCUUUCGCCAAUAGAUGAAAACCGGGAGCCACAGUUACUGUUAAGUAUCAAAGAAGAAAUUGAAGAUGAGGAAAAGACAAUUGAAGAUUAUGUUGAUGAAAAAAUGAGUGAUUGGGACACCAUUUCCAUUGAGAAAAUGUAUUCAGUUGCUAGUCAGUGUCUGAAUGAAAAAAAGAACAGGAGGCCAGACAUUAAGAUGGUCCAGCAGCAUCUACAAGAGAUAAUAGCCUGAUAUCUGUUUCUUACCAGUUUGGUGCUAUUUCUGCAUUCGAGGCUUUUGUGGCCUAUAUGUGCAAUCUGUUGUUGGCCUUUCACCACUGUGCCACCAGGCAAGGAACUUUCUCAAAGACUUUAUGCUUUAGUCAUUUAAGGGAGUUGAUGUCUGAUUAAAACAAAGGGUAUCUUAAAUCACUUCCAUAAGACUUUCUUCAGUGGCCUUAGAGAACAAGAACACAGAGGUUCUUUUUAUGGCAACACAUUGUGCUUCUGCCAAACCAUUGCCACUUCGUUUUCUAAUUAUAUUUCCUGACUAGAAUCCAGGCUUCUGUAGCUCCCUGGGUAACAUAUACCUGUUACAAGGAGACAAUGAUAAACAAAUUGACUGACUGGUAAAUUGCUUCUAAGCAGAAAGACUAGCUCUUUUUGGUUUCUACUUUAAGCAAAAACAUUUCAAACUGAAGAGGUCAGUCUAUAUUGCUCUCAGCCAGAGUUCAGGUAACUUGCAUUAAUCUGUUGUUCUGUGUGGUCAUAGAGUCAGAGUUCAAGACCAGAAGGGACCACCAGAUCAUCUAAUCAGACCGGCUCUAUAUCACAGUCCAGCACCCGCACACAAAACCCAACAACCUAAAUUAAACUAAAAUAGUACAGCCCACAGGAGACUAAACUAUUAAGUGCCACAGGCCAAUGCCUAAGCCCUUGCAAUGGCAGGGAAAUGAUUUAAGUGAGAUAUAGCCAGAUAAUCCUGGCAAGUGACCCGCACCCACAUGCUGCAGCAGAAGGUCAUUUCCCAUCCCCCUCCCCCAGUCACUGCCAAUCUGAAAUUCCUUCCGAGCCCCACAUAUGGUGAUCUGUUACACAAGUUACAUGUGAGCCAGAACCAGCUAGCCAAGCACCCGAGAGAGAGACUACUCAGUGUCAACUCAGAGCCCUGGUCCUCCCUGUCCAGUGUUUCAUCUCCAGCUGUGGGCAUCCCUGAUGCUUUAGGAAAGACAUCAUUUAAAAAAAAAAUCCCUUCCUGACCCCUGCAGGUAGCCAGCUGAAACCCUGAAGCAUGAGCUUUGAAUAAUGUAUGAUAUAAACUGGAAGUGAGCCCCAAGGCUGCUGAUCUCAGCCCCCCACCACCAUAAGCAACCUUGUCAUACAGUCACACUUGUUAAUUUGUCCAGCUUUUUCUUAAAACUACAUGAUUUUAAAAUCCCAUUUAAAAUAAACUGAGCUACUUUGCUCAAUGCAAACUGAGAGUAGAGAACUAUGAAUUGAUAGAUGUGGGUUCACUGGGUUUACUGACUCAUAUGACUGAAUGACACGCCAUUUAAUCUCUAUUCCUCAAUUUCCCAUUUAGGAAAAAGCUGUUUGACCUGUUUUUGUUGUACUCUGAGAUCCUUGGAGAAAAUGCUAUAUAAAUGUAAAGUAUCAUUAAUACAGUCAUUUUGUAAGUUAUCACUAUAGUGCCAUUUUACGACCAAUUUGCAUUGUCUUCACAUCCAAUAGCUGAGUUUAAUAUAAGAGCUUAUAUAGACUAAAAUGACUUCUGUACUUGAAAGGUUUUAUAAUAAAAGAAUAUAUAAAUGUUGAUGGACCAAACCACAGGCUAAAAAUUGAUCACUCCACAGUGAACGAAUAACCUACAUUGAUCUUGUAUAAAAAUGCUACUGUUUGUAAAUAGAAGAUAUGAAUUUCAAAUAAACUUUCCUUUUUGCACUUAC